GGCAUUGCCGGUAGAGACGGCGGUGGCGUGACGGCGGCGCCGGCGACAUGAGUGCGGGCGCUCUGCGGGACGCCCCGGGCGACUCCACGCCCGGCUCAGACGUCGGCGAGCGCAUCACUCGUCUCUUCCCCAAGUGCCGCCCCAAGAUGCAGCACCAGCACGACAGACUGAACUCCGGGCUGGAGGGCCGAGACAUGAUCAGUGUAAACAACGCGUCCUCCGACGAUGAGAGGGACGACCAGCCGGUCAUCCUUAGCACCAAGGGAGGAACGUACAAGCUUAGAGACUCUAGGAUAAUAGAAAUAGCAGGAGGUAGGGAGUUGUACUCGCAGAGCCGCAUGAAGGCGGUGCGCAAGUUGAGGCACAGCAAUACACACAAGCACAACUUGAGAAACAAAGUACGGUCGCUAGCUAAAGACACCGUAGACUAUGCGGCUGAUAAUAACAUUACUAACGAAAUAUCCAUACACAGAAUAAAUAAUGAACCAAAAAAGAUGGUAUCACGUCACACGUCGCCCGUGACCUACACGAACGGUGACCGUGAACCCACCAUCGAACCGAACACGAUGGGUAUACCCAAAAAUAGUUCACCGAUAUUAGAUCCACAUAAGACUAAUGACGUCAGCGCCAAAAGUAGCCCUAUCGCGGUCGUCGCGGACGGCGAAGUAAUGGUUUUCGACGAUAAUGAUGCUUGGAAAGUGAUAUUGAAUUCUGUGUCUCUAGGUUUGAGGAUGGACCCAGACGCUAGUGACGAUGAAAUCGAUUUGAGUGUCAAAAGAACUUUAGACAAUAUGAAAAAUGGUGAUAGUGAUAUGUUGAACAAUAAAAGUGAACUAAGUUGUGAUGGAAGUGAAUCGACUCGUUCGAGGGAAGACGUGAGACUUAGUGAAGGUAGUCCGACGGGCAUUUGGCUUUCAGGUGAUGAGGAUAAAAGCAGGGUUACGAGGGUGAUAGGGGAGUUACCUAUCGCUGAAUACGAAGGCUCUCCUAGAAGAUACGGUAUUGGGACUCAAAAGGCACAAGUUAGGUCGCCGAGACCUGGAUUUCCUCAGAGGGUAGUCCCAGAGAGUAGAGACGAAACGCCACCGCCUAGUUCGGCAGCCUUUGACUACUUAUACGAAUUCUCGGAGACUAGAAAAGUUCUGGAAGAGUUCUUCCGGUGUCCAACGUUAUCUGGUCAGCAGCAGAACAGCACCGACGAAAUUGUUAACUUUCAGGAAUUGGAUUACGAACUCCGAAGGCAAACUCAAGAUUGUCCUUCUGAAAAUGGCAUCGAGGGAAGUGAAUCAGAUUGGCCACAGAACGAUGGAGUUGAGUCACCUCAUGCUCUUAAUAAUCACACCGAUUUUCUAGGAUUGCAGCCUAAACAUCGCGGUCGCUACCCGACGCCAGACGUCGCGGCCCUACAGGCGGGGGACAACGGCAGCGCGUGUGUGUCUCCCGCACAACAAGUCGACGUACAUGUGGCCCUCGCUUUAUCGUCAGCGGCCAGCGAUACCGCUAGCGAACUAUCGAUGGCUAUCAUGGAGAACGAAUUAGUUGAUAUGAAAGAACCAAAUCGCCGAACUUUGCCAAUCGUUGAGGACGGCCUCUCCUCCGGACACGCGUCUGACAAUGACAAUAAUAAUCCAUUGACACAGACACACUCGGUGACAAUAGAAGAAAUUGUAGAUAGCGGAACAAAUACGGAUCCUCUUAUGUUAACUGACGCCGAUCUUCACUCAUUAGACCCAUUAGCCGCGCCCCCGCCGCCCGCGCCCGCGCCGCACCGGCCCGCGGACGCCGCGCCGCUCGCCGCGCGCGCGCACUCGCCGCGCCUCCACCACGCGCCGCACCACGACGACGUGUACCCCAGAAAAAGGCCAUCGUCGGCUCAAAGUACGGAGUCCGUCGAAAUAAAACCUGCAAGUGGAGAUGAAGAUGAAGCAGACACCGAUUUAGAGACAGACAGGCUGUUGGGUCAGCAAAGGACGGACGAUCAGGGAUUCUUUGACGAUAAAUCACCGCCUCGCCGUGUUAACCGGUGGUCGGACAUUCGCUAUCCUCAUACGGUAACUAUUUUAAAUAUUAAAAUGUCAGAAGAGAACACGCGUUUAGUUGCAGACGCUGAACAAAAUGCCAAAGAUGUUUCGGAUAACGAUAAUUUAGUGGACGGUGUCUGUGAUAAAUGUGAUUUAAAUAUAGAUAUUGAUAAACAUAGUGAUAAAGAAAUACCUAAUGUUAAUACAAUAGAUAUAAAAAGUGACAUUGAAAAUGAUCGAAAUGAAUUAAUACCAAAUUCGUGUGAUGCUGAAAGUGUUGAUGAUAAAAUUAAUAAUGGGUGUACUGAUAGUGAUGUUAAAAAUAGUAAUGAUAUAGUGAAUGAAGGUAAUUCGUGUGAAAUUAAUGAUUCGAAUGAUGUCGGUGAUUCAAACGUAGGCGAUGAGAGUAAAACAAGGCUAUGUGAAAAUAGUGAUGACACUGGAAAAGAGGGAUGGCGCAAACCAAAAUCUCGAACAGUGAUGCCAUCUGGCGGUUCGACGGGAACGAACCGAGACCAUACACACGACCCGGAUCUAAGGGAUGAAGAUGCCUUACACAAUGGAAAGGAUAAGGACGGAAAAAAGAAAAGCAAGAAUAAGGAAGACAUGGCCUCAGUUCUCAUCGAAGGAGUGUUAUUCCGGGCUCGGUACCUCGGCUCAACGCAACUCGCCUGCGAGGGCCAGCCAACUAAGGCGACUAGGAUGCUGCAAGCCGAAGAGGCAGUUUCAAGAAUUAAGCGAGAGGAGGUUAGCCGGUUUGUCCCGCAGUGGGGCUGCGAGGGCCCGUACUCGGGCGUGUACGCGGCGCCCGCGGCCGUGUUCCGCCUGUCCUUCCUCGGCUCCGUCGAAGUCGAUGAGGACUCGAGGCGACGCAAGAAGAGGCCCAAAAAGAAUAUGGUCGAAGAGGCCGUCACUAAGAUUAAGGCUCUGGCUCCGGAAGGUGAAAACCAACCAAGCACCGAAGUGGACCUCUUUAUUUCGACUGAAAAAAUUAUGGUUCUCAAUACCGAACUAAAGGAAAUCAUGAUGGACCACGCGUUGAGAACUAUAUCAUAUAUAGCGGAUAUUGGUGAUCUCGUGGUCUUGAUGGCGAGGCGUCGUUUCGUCCCGCACGAGACGGACUCUGAUCAACCGAAACUGAACCGUACUCCGAAGAUGAUAUGUCAUGUUUUUGAAAGUGAAGAGGCUCAAUUCAUAGCCCAAUCCAUCGGGCAAGCGUUCCAAGUCGCGUACAUGGAGUUCCUCAAGGCAAACGGUAUCGAAGACCACAGUUUCGUCAAAGAAAUGGACUACCAAGAAGUAUUGAACAGUCAAGAAAUUUUCGGCGACGAACUUCAGAUGUUUGCGAAAAAGGAACUCCAGAAAGAAGUGGUGGUACCGAAGACGAAAGGUGAGAUAUUAGGAGUGGUGGUGGUGGAGUCGGGGUGGGGUUCAAUGCUACCGACUGUGGUGAUCGCUAACCUGGCGCCAGCGGGCGCGGCUGCGAGAUGCGGGCAACUUAAUAUUGGUGACCAAAUAAUAGCAAUCAAUGGAGUCAGCCUUGUCGGUCUACCGCUAUCGACCUGUCAGACGUACAUCAAGAACUCGAAGAACCAGACAGUGGUGAAGCUGACCGUGGUACCUUGCGCGCCCGUCGUAGAGGUCAAGAUAAAACGGCCGGAUACAAAGUACCAAUUGGGUUUCAGCGUUCAGAAUGGCGUGAUCUGCAGCCUGCUGCGCGGCGGCAUCGCGGAGCGCGGCGGCGUGCGCGUGGGCCACCGCAUCAUCGAGAUCAACGCGCAGAGCGUGGUGGCCGUGCCGCACGAGCGCAUCGUCAACCUGCUCGCCACCUCCGUCGGCGAGAUUCUAAUGAAAACGAUGCCGACUUCAAUGUUCCGACUGUUGACUGGACAAGAGAAUCCUGUAUUCAUCUAAACGCGACGCGCCACAAGUGCCUGCUUAACGCUCAACAGGGCUCUUACACGCAUAUGUCUAUACAUAACACCGUGUAAACGUAAAUUACUCAUAAUUUAGCCUAAAACAAGUAUAUAUGACCAAAAACUGGAUAAGACUUAAAUAUUAUCUGUACCAAGUUUGAUCAUAAUAUAGUCGUUGUUUUAAAAGUAAUAAUCUCAAUAAAUGCUUGUAACACUCAAAUAAGUAUAAAAAAUAAUAAUAUAUUUUGAAUAAAAUGUAGCUUAAUUAAUACAUAUCGUGUGUAACUGCCCUGAUAAUUGCAUUUGGAUAAACAUCUUAUAUAAAAUCUAGUCGCGAAUAUUCUACGAAUUCCAUUGAACUGAUUAAAAAAUCGCUAUAUUUUAACUGUGAAAAAGUUACAGAUAAUUAAAAAAAAUAUAUAUUAACUUCCCGAAUGAAUUAUGUCAUGAAAUUCGUAGAUGUCCUCGAAAGGGUUUUAGCUUAGCUAUCGAAAUAAUACUCAAAAAAAAAAAAAGAUUAUGUGAUGUCCAAGUUUCAAAAUGCUUAAAACUUAAGUGGCUAAGUAAGAUAGUUCUAAGUUACUGUAUCUAGUGACGGAAAUUUUGCACUCGCUUAACAUAAAACGAUUAGAAAUUUUAAAAUAUAAAAAAA